AUGGCUACUCAGGGACCAUUGACCGCAUCCCUAUCUCAUCUAUGCGAUCUUCCUCUUUAUAAAAAGGAGACUCCAUACGAGAUUUGGGCAGAGGACAUUGAUCCAACAAUUACUAAGACCAAUGUGAAGCUCGAAAUAGUUCACGAUUGCGCGUUGCACGAUGUACGCCUGCCAUCGACCGACCAGCCUAGUCUCGAGACGCACGGCUUUGAAUGGGCUCAUCGACCAUUCCCAACGGAAUGCGGCAUCAAAACAGCUAACGAUGUUGGAUUUGGUGACGUCGUACAGCAGGAAUCGCUAAUUAAGUAUAUCGACUCCACAUUCAACUUUAUCAAAGAGAAAUAUGGAUGCACAAAAGUCAUGUGUUGGGACUGGAGAGUUCGGCGUAGCAAGUCGACUCAUCCUCGCACUGAGCCGAACAUCUACAGCCUGAAGGGCAAGGAGGGCAACGAAUUGAGAACUACUCAAAUCAACAGUUCGCAUUUGAUCCACUCGGACGGCUCGCCAGGAUUCAUGAAGAAAGUCCUCGCAAGCGUGACCGCUGGAGAAGAUGAAAAGUGGAAUGAUACGAGCAAAUACCGCAUUCGUGGCCUUACCGUUUGGUGUCCCAUUGUUGAUGUUGUCGAGAGCGAUCCACUGGUUCUGUGCGAUAUCCGGACAGUCGAGGACUCCGAUUGGGAUGUCGUUGAAAAAGUGCUCGAUCAUAGUGUGGAAGAAAGCAUGUACCUGAAACGUAGGCAGCGACACCAAUGGUACUGGAUGAGCGACCAGACGAAGAAUGAUUCUAUUGUCAUGAACAUUUGGGAUUCAUUCCAUCCGGACAGUCGAAGAUACUCUGCACCUCAUUGCUCGAUGGUGCUGCGUGACGGGGACAUUCGACCAAAUGCCCGACCUCGUGAGAGCAUAGAGCUGCGUCUCCUGGCAUGGAAUGAGCUUUAG